AUGUCAAACAACCGAGUCCCAAUAAACUACCAAGUCCCCCCCUUCCCAUCACUCUACGACCCGCUUCCCACGCACCACAAAGAGGCGCACUACCUCUACUACACGACCGAUAUCUGGCGCUUCACAUUAUACUGGACGCUAGUCUUUUACGGCGUAACACAUCUCACCGUCGCCGGCUGUGCGGUUCUAACGCACUUUCGGAACUGGAGUGUUAUCUGGUUGGUGCCGUUGCUGUAUAGCGUUGUUGCUGGGUUGGAGGGAUUAAUCGCGGGUAGUAUUGUUGGUCUUGUACUCGGUGCUGUCUAUGAAGCAGGCAAUUUCCGAAUGUCGACAUGGCUCCCCAUGAUCUGGGGCGGUGUUAAUGUCAUGGUUUUGAUCGUGACUAGUUUCCCUAUGCAAGGUGGUCUUUGA